GGCACUGACUGGGGUAGAACUGAAAAGAUGGGGAAGCAUCGAGGCUGAGCUCAGUGUUACGGGCGCGGUGUCCAAUCAGAUCGGUCCUGGGGCAUUCGCAUGGGCUACAGUGAUAUUAAUUAAUUCUAUUAAGUCAUAUAAAUGCAAAUCCUCUCUAGAACUUUAGCUUCCUGCCCCCCUGCAAAGGGGAUAUUAAUUGCCCCUUAUUUGUGUCUGCUUCUGACACUUGAAACAGAGCAGCAGACAUUUCUGUUUUCCUCUGCUACAUUCUCUUGGGAGUCUGAACCAGCGGUGCAGAGAAUAUGAAGAGUCCAGCAAACUGUGUCAGAGGUGCAAAUUGUACAUGAGACAACUCCAGGGGGUGACCGUCCCACCCAGCAAUGUUCUCUGGGCUCGCCUGUGCUCUCAUCCAUCAUGGCGGAGGGGAAGAAGAUCGGGAACACUCUUCUCCCCAGUGAGUCCAUGAAAGUGAUCUCAGAGUCCGUAGGGAUCUCCCAGAUGUCGGAGGAGACGUGUCAGCUGCUCGCCCAGGAGGUCAGCUUCCGGAUCAAGGAGGUCACUCAGGAUGCCCUGAAGUUCAUGCAUGUGGGGAAGAGGCAGAAGCUGACACCCAGUGAUAUUGAUGCUGCACUGAAACUGAAAAAUGUAGAGCCGAUCUACGGCUUCCACCCCAAGGAGUUCCUGCCUUUCCGAUACGCCAGUGGCGGGGGCCGCGAGUUGCAUUUCUAUGAAGAGAAAGAGACCGAUCUCAGCGACAUUAUCAGCACCCCCUUGCCCCGUGUUCCACUGGAUGUAUCUCUCAAAGCUCAUUGGCUGAGCAUUGAAGGAGUGCAGCCUGCCAUUCCAGAAAACCCUCCUCCAGUCCCUAAGGAACAGCAGAAGACUGAAGCCACGGAACCUCUGAAGGUAGCCAAACCAGGACAAGAAGAAGGUCUGCCAGGCAAAGGUCAGGGGUCAGGAGAGGGCAAAGGAAAGGAGAAGAAAACGGCCAUCUUGGAAGGGGCUCCUUUAAAGCUGAAGCCGCGUAGUAUCCACGAGCUUUCGGUGGAACAGCAGCUGUAUUAUAAGGAGAUUACGGAGGCGUGCGUUGGUUCCUGUGAGGCCAAGAGAGCGGAAGCCUUGCAGAGCAUUGCCACCGACCCAGGCCUGUACCAGAUGUUACCCCGAUUUAGCACUUUCAUAUCCGAGGGGGUGCGAGUGAACGUAGUGCAGAACAAUCUGGCAUUGCUUAUAUAUCUCAUGCGCAUGGUCAAGGCUCUUAUGGACAAUCCCACACUGUAUCUGGAGAAAUACCUGCACGAACUCAUUCCCGCAGUGAUGACCUGUAUCGUGAGUCGGCAGUUGUGCUUGCGGCCGGAUGUGGACAAUCACUGGGCUCUGAGAGACUUUGCGGCCAGACUGAUUGCGCAGAUCUGCAAGAAUUUCAGCACCACCACCAAUAACAUCCAGUCCAGGAUCACCAAAACAUUCACCAAGACUUGGGUUGAUGAUCGCACUCCAUGGACGACUCGCUAUGGAUCCAUUGCAGGUCUUGCUGAACUGGGACCUGAUGUGGUUAAGACGCUGAUAGUCCCACGACUGACAGUGGAAGGGGAGAGGCUUCGCUCUGUAUUGGACGGACCAGUCAUAUCCAACAUAGACAAGAUCGGAGCGGAUCACGUGCAGAGCCUCUUACUGAAACACAGCGCCCCGGUCCUUGUUAAGCUCCGCUCUCCUCCGGAUUCCCCCGAUGCUUACCGUGUCGAUUAUGGCUACCUGGGGCCAACCCUCUGCACUCAUGUGUUAAAGGCCAGAGCUCAAAGUGCCCUGCAGGGGCCACAAGUGAACCGGACCACCCUCACGGUCACACAGCCCCGCCCUACUCUCACCCUUUCACAGCCCUCCGGCUCUCUCACUCCAUCCCCUCGUACACCAAGUAUCAUCAAGGUGCCCAGCUCCCUGACUCUGCCUGUCCAGACUUUGAUGAGCGCCCGCCCUGCUACGCCCACGCAGCCCUCUCCCCCGCCCACCAAAUACAUUGUGGUGUCAUCAGCCGGAAGCAGCGGGACUCAGGUCCUUACUACUUCCAGUGGCCCUUCUCCUUCUACCCCUGGGGUUCAGCCCAUUGUGAAGCUAGUAUCUGGCGGACAGAGCUCUGGGGUCGGGGGUUCCAUGACCGGGACUGGUGGUGGGAUGCAGAAGUACAUUGUCGUAUCGCUGCCCCCUGCUGGAGAGAGCAAGACCCCGCAGCCCUCCCCUCCUCCUCCUGCAACAGAGACUUCCACUCUGUGACAGUAACUGUGUGUGUGUGUGUGUGUGUGUGUGUGUGUGUGUGUGUGUGUGUGUGGAUGGGCGUGUGUGUGUGUGGAUGGGCGUGUGUGUGUGUGGAUGGGCGUGUGUGUGUGGAUGGGCGUGCGUUAGAAGUUGUUAUAGUACGUCUGUACCUGUUCUCUCCCUGCAUUACAACCUUAUUAUUUUGCGUAAAGAAAUAUAAUCAUUUUUUUCCUAAUAAAACUUUGGAACCCA